CGGAUUGGUACAACGUUUAUUUUUUUCUUAGCUAAAAAAUUAUUUCUUAAUAAAUUCAUUCUCAUCUUUGUUAUUUUAUUAAAAAACCACAACACAUGUAAAUCAAGACAAGCAUGUUACGUCGAAAGAGAGACAUAUUGUAUACAAAUGCGGCGAUGCCUUCCAACGACUUUAAUAAUGCUCAACUUUUCAACGACUCCUAAUUUUUCAGGGAGGUGAUGUGGAAGAAGAAAAAAGAGAAGCAUGCGUUGGAAUAGUUUCCCAUCCAGCAGGAACGGUAUAAUAUUCUUUUACCUUUAUCACUUGCUCAGUUUCGUUACCCUUUUACCCCCCAUUCUAUUUUCCGGAGUGAACUGCGAGUGAGGAAACACGAGGUGUAUUCUUUAUUAGUAAGUUCCAAGUCCCGAUUUCACCUACUCCAUACGCAUCCGUGAGUAAAGGCAGUGCUAAACGUGCCGAAAAGUGAAAUGAAUCCGGGUGUUUCAUAGGUGUCGAGCUUGCUCUUUUCCAACCAUGUGUGUGCGAUGCAGUCGAUGUUAGCAGCCAUCCCCUUGCUGUUUUUAUUAGUUUGUCUGAUAGAUUCAUCCCAUGGGGAGAACAUUUCCCUUUAGAGCGACGCUCUCCAGCAUGAACUGGUUUUGAUCAUCAAACUAUCAUAUGCCUCUUCGUCGGUGAUCAUGGGGUCUGUUUGUAAUGCUCAUCUUUAGUGUCGAAACGUUGCGUUGGAAGAGAACUCUUGAACUCUCGAUUGCAGCGAAGGCGUUAGAAUGUUAUUAUAGAGGAGGGUGCAGUCGAUUACCCCAUCUGGAUAGGAUGGACAACUUAUAUAGUUCUCUGCUACAUUGUUUAUCCUCUUGCCUUUUCAUGCGUCAAGGCAGGAAUUUAGUUUGAAGUAUUUCCAUGGCAA